GGCUAAAACAGUAGUGUAUAAUAUUUGACCAAAGGCGGCUAAAUAACGACAGCAUUGGUGUUCGCAAAGGUCACCUAUAACUGAGAACGAUUAGUAAGCAUCGUAAGCGACGAUAUUGCAACCCAACCCCCUUGUAGACGGGCUUUUAUUAACUGAUAUUUGGACGACAUGCGUGGGUUGACCUUCACUUGUGCCAGCAAGCACGGAAGGCAACCCUCGAGCGGGUUCAACGCCGAUAUAUUCCGAGAAGUUUACCCUGAGUCGGAAACAGGUCGUCAAUGGCUCGAGCGAGAUUAUGCUAAGAACCUCGUGCCACCGUCGGCUGGCGAACCAGAGACUAGGGUCAUUAUCGUGAGAGGUGACGGUGGUGUGCGCCGCGGCUAGCUGCGAGCUGUUCCAUGGCAAAGCAGAGACUGACCGUAUAAAUAGGCACCCAUAUUGCGGUGGCUGUCUACCGUAUUGUGCUAGUGUGAAUGACUCAGUCGCAGCGAGAUUGGAGUGCCAGAUGGACACCGAUUGACGACGUCCCGGACUUGAGCAAGGAGAAGCUGGCGGCGUUCUACGAGCCGAUGCAGAUAGCGCACGAAUAUCUGAUGGGAGAUCGCGGGCAUGUCUUUCUCGAGGUUCUUACAACUCUCAAUAUGUAUAGAGGUAAAGGUGUUGGGCGGGCUCUAGUGCAAUGGGGCAAUGAUCUUGUGGAUGAGAUGGGCGUUGAGUGAUAUUUGGAUGCCAGUGAGCUAGGAAGGUCUGUUUACGAAAAGAACGGGUACGUCGUUCAGAAUGUUUCGGCGGUUAUGGAGAAACCAAGCGCUAUCCCCAUGGUGCGAGCCAUGAAACCCAUCCAGGCUUGAUGUUAGAUAUCGAGGCGUCUUCGAAGGGCAAAGGACCUACGGGGAAAGAAUCCACCUUGUAUAUUAUGGCAGACUAUAUCAGAAACAAACCAAUGGUUACUAGACGAGCAUUGUUAAUAUCGAGAAAGCUCCUGUGAUACAGCUUGCCACAAUGCACACAUAUGGAUGGUUGAACUCGAUCAAAC